GAAAGGUGAGUAAGCUAUCUGGCACCAUCUCUCCAGAUGCUCUGAUGAUGCCUGCGCACUUCUUAGACUGUGCUAAGAACCUAACAGCCUCUAGAGAGUUGGUAGUUGGUGGCUGGUGACAGGAUGGGGAAGCAGUGGGGAGCCUGUCAUCCCAGGGCCUUUCUCCCACUGAGGGGCUGUAGGAGGUUUUCUCAGCAGGAGAGAGUCAGAGCUGCCCUGCAGGGGUUAGUCUGUGCAGUUGGAGGUAACGCUCUCUCUUGCUCUCUCGUUCCUGCCUGGGCCAAGAACUCGUGCAUGGAGCUACCCGUGACGGACGUCUUUGCUGCCCCAGAGAACACGACGGAGAAGGAAACCUUCUGCCGGGCCUCGACUGUGCUUCGGCACAUCUACAGACACCACACAUGCAUGAAGAGCCUCCUGAGCGGACUUGACAGGAACCUGAGCAGCAUGGCAAACAUGGUAAGCUGCCCAGUGCCCACAGCUUGGCUUCUAACGGACAGUGGCCUUACUUCUAAAUAUUCCUCCUUAGGAAUAGAGGCGCCCUGGGUUAAUCAAGCCAUUCAUUCGUUCGACGAAUAUCUCUUGAGACUCUGUGUUAUUCGUAGGUACUGUUCUAGGCGCUGGGAUACAUUUCUUGCUCCCACAGAAUGUUCUAAUGGGGGAGUGAGAAAAGCAAACGAGCAUAUAAUAUCAUGUUUGGUAGCGUUAAGUGCUACAAGGAAAAAUACACGAAUGAAAACAUGGGCGUCAUGAGCGAGAGGGCUGCUUUAGUAGGUGGUGACAUCCCCUGAGCAGGUAUUUGAAUGAAGUGAGAGCUGUCACGUCACCAACUUGGAAGGAAUAUUCCAGGAAGAGGGAACAAAGGCUCUAAGGUAGAGAUGGCUUCAUGGGCUCAAAGAUCAGGAGGUCAGUAGGAAGGCCAGUGUGGCUGCAUCAGUGAGGGAGGGAGGGAGGGGGAUUUUAAUGGCGAUCACACAGGGCCUCUGGAUCCUGCCCCACGUAUGGUGGGCAACUGAGGGAAUAG